AUGCAGACUGCUUCUACAAACAUUCGUGAAAGAAUAGGUCACUCUCAGGAGCUCACUGAAUUCAAGCGUGGUACCAUGAUAGGUUGCCACCUGUGCAAUAAGUCCAUCUGUGAAAUUUCCUUGCUACUAAAUCUUCCACAGUCAACUGUUAGGAGCAUUAUAAUAAAGUGGAAGCAACUGGGUACAACAGCAAUUCAGCCACCAAGUGAUCGGGGUAAGCACAUGCUGAAAUGCACAGAAGUCACCAACUGUCUGCAGAGUCAAUAGCUAAAGACCUCCAAACUUCAUGUGGCCUUCAGAUUAGCACAAUAACAGUGCAUAGAGAGCUUCAUAGAAUUGGUUUCCAUGGC